GUGUUUGGGUUCCCUGUUUAGAUAAUUUAUUCACAUCCGGGAGUUCAUUGAUUGUGUCAGCCAUUUUGCAUGUGGAUUUUCCUGGUCGAAGGCAUUUUUCUCUAAAUUUUUAACUCAUUUUUGUUGGCAUCGACAUGGGACGAAAAAAGAARAAGACUAUGAAACCUUGGUGUUGGUACUGUAAUAGAGAUUUUGACGAUGAAAAGAUAUUAAUUCAACAUCAGAAAGCCAAGCAUUUUAAAUGUAUGAUAUGUCACAAAAAGUUGUACACUGGGCCAGGUUUGGCCAUUCAUUGUAUGCAAGUCCACAAGGAAAAUGUGUCAGCUAUCCCCAAUUCACUGCCAAAUAGAGGAGAUCCAGAAGUAGAAAUCUAUGGCAUGGAAGGUAUUCCAGAAAAAGAUUUGAAAGAAAGACAGCAGCGACAAGGAAAAGAUGAUGCAGAUGAACCAACAGCAAAGAAAGCUAAAGAYGAUAUGCCAGGUCAAGUACCUAUGAUGGCACCUGGUGCAAUGCCUAUGAUGCCAAUGAUGGCAAUGCCUGGAAUGCCUUURCCUCCUGGUUUUCCUCCUCCAAUGGCAAUGCCUGGAAUGCCAGGUGUCCCACCAGUUGCUGGUUUAACAAGACCUCCAGUUCCUCCAAUGAUGCCAGGCAUGGCUUCUCCAGYAGUWACAUCAGGAGCUGCAGUACCAUUUGUUCCUGGUAUAGCAAGGCCRCAGGUACCUGCUAGCAAACCACUCUUCCCUUCUGCACAGAACCUGAAUGGAGCCACAACAACAACAGCAAGUACAGGACCAGUAGGUGCAGACUUUAAACCAUUAAGUAGCAGUACUACAACUUACUCUAGUGGACCAACUAUAACAGGACAAGCUAAACCAGCUGUACCUCCAAGUGCUGCUGCUGUAUCUACAACAAAGCCAGCCAUUAUUGUAGCUCCAGGAGCAACCAGUAAACUAGUUCACCCAGAUGAAGAUAUAUCAUUGGAAGAAAAACGAGCAAUGUUGCCUAAGUAUGCAACACAGACACAGRGUUUACCAACUUCCAACAUACCUACAAUGGCAGCCAUGAAUCCUAUGGUUAGAAUGGCAGCUCCCCCUGGAGUUGUCCCACCAGYAUCAGCMGUUCAAGGCCACCAGCCUCUAAUGAAUGUUCAAGUCACUGUUCCAUCUGGAUUCCAGCCUGGUCCCCGACCACUAAUGGGUAACCAACCACCAGGCUUUCAACAGCAAGGAUUAUUCAAYAUGCCUCCCCGUGGUGGGCCACCACUAUUACCACAGCCACAAGGRCAUCCUAUUAACCCUGCAGUAAGAAUGCAGCAAGGAGUCUUGGGAGCACCUCCAGGGAAUCCAUUCAUGCAUAGAAUGCCAAUGGGUGGUCCUCGACCUCAUUAAAUUGUCUUUUUUUUUCUACUCUCUUUUUACCCAUAUCAUAACUGCUUUUUCAGGCUUAGGUAUGAAAACAUUGUUGCUUAUGGAGAACUUUGACAAAAUGUUACUAAUAUUAUUUUGAUAAAUAAACAGGAAGAUAUCUUUAAUUUAUAGUAUGGGAAUCUUUUUUCUUUGUUGCAAUAUAUAUUAUUUGCUAUGAUGUCUUCUGGUUUUUGUUUUCAAUAAGCAACAAUGUUUUCAACUCACUUAAGGUAAGUCAUGAAUACUUACAUAACUUUGUAAACCAGACCAUACUUUUUAUUSAAUGAACAAGUUCCUGUUAUCUAAGGUAGGGAGAAACAAGGUAGGCAAGAAUGCUAUAUUUUGUACUAUCAUUUACCUAUAAUAAGUUUAAUAGUGRUUUGCAAUUUAUUGCUAAGAAUUAUGUAUAUAAACAUUCAAAAUGAUCAGUUAAUUAAGAGUAUGUCAUAUAACCAUGAACUGUAUAGACCGCUUAGUGGUACGAUCAGUAAUUUGCUUUGAUAGUUAUACCAAACAUUUCAUCUGUAUUCUGUUUAGUUUGUUUCAUGGAUAUGAUAUUUGCUUUUGUGACGAAUCCUGUUCCAUUCCUAUAGCAUUAGUAAAAAAAACUUCUACAUCCAUUUAUCUAUCAUUUUCUUGUAAUUAGGAUUUGCUAUUGUCAAUGGGGAGAAUAUCUUUCUUUGAAUAAACAACCAUCCUAUUGAAAA